AUGGGAACAGCUGUCCGUCCCAUUCGCUACCUCAUGCUCAAGCCAAAAUAUAUCAGACAUCCCGACGAAUUUUACUUUCCAACUCUCGCUUACAACAGCCAUCUUCACCUGCCUGGAGCUUGUCUGCAUAGCCCAGCACCCGAAUCUGAAGUGGGCCUCAACUACUUGGCCAAGUUUGUCAUUUGGCGAAGCUACAAUAUGACUUGUGCUACGAACUACGUUCGAAAUGUCUGCAUUCUUGGAAUGGAUCAGGUGGCGUUGUUGCAGACUGUGCCACACAUAUCUGCCAACAAGUUCCAUGCUGACUAUCAACCAGAGGCAUAUGACGCGAUGGAGCAAUGGUAUUUCCAACGAGUCGCAGCUGAAGUAAAAUCAGGCUCUUACAACAGGUGCUCAUUUGAUCCGAACAUUUACGCCGAACGUUUGUGUUCACGAUAUCACAUCUAG